UACCCGGUGACUGCUUUCUAUACUUGAGCAUGACUGUUCUCUGGGCUGCAGUAAUGACGAGCCCUUUUGCAUACAGCUUUCCAGAGAGAGAAUUUUAGAAGGAACGAACCUGUGGUCACCCCCCUGCAGACACUGCGUGUACUAAGUUGCGUUCUUGUCCUCUUCCAGGGCUUGUGAAACUGACCACAACCAGAGCAUGGAUAUGGGAAACCAACACCCCAACAUCAGCCGGCUGCAGGAGAUCCAGAAGGAGGUGAAGAGCAUCGAGCCCCAGGUGGUCGGCUUCAGCGGGCUGUCGGACGACAAGAACUACAAGAAGCUGGAGCGGAUGCUGAUGAAACAGCUUUUCGAGAUAGACUCCGUGGACACGGAAGGGAGGGGGGACGUUCAGCAGGCGCGGAAGCGGGCCGCCCAGGAGACGGAGCGCCUGCUCAAGGAGCUGGAGCAGAACGCCAACCACCCACACCGCCUGGAGAUCCAGAACAUCUUCCGGGAGGCCCAGGCCCUGGUGCGGGACCAGAUCGUGCCCUUCUACAGCGGCGGCAGCUGCGUGGCCGAGGAGUUCGAAGAAGGCAUUCAGGACAUCAUCCUGCGGCUGACGCACGUCAAGACCGGCGGGAAGGUGUCCCUGCGGAAGGCGCGCUACCACACCCUCACCAAGAUCUGCGCGGUGCAGGAGAUCAUCGAGGACUGCGUGAAGCGGCAGCCGUCCCUGCCGCUCUCCGAGGACACGCACCCCUCCGUGGCCAAAAUCAACUGCGUGAUGUGCGAGGUGAACAAGGCCAGGGGCACUCUGAUCGCCCUGCUGAUGGGCGUGGCCAACAACGAGACGUGCAAGCACCUGUCGUGCGUGCUCUCGGGGAUGAUCGCGGAUCUGGACGCGCUGGACGUGUGUGGGCGAACGGAGAUCCGGAAUUACCGCCGGGAGGUGGUGGAGGACAUCAACAAAUUACUGAAGUAUUUGGAUUUGGAAGAGGAAGCAGAUACCACCUAUGCGUUUGACCUGGGACAGAAUCAUUCCAUCCUGAAAAUAGAAAAGGUCCUCAAGCGAAUGAGAGAGAUUAAAAACGAGCUCCUGCAGGCGCAGAACCCUCCCGAGCUGUACCUGAGCUCCAAGACGGAGCUGCAGGCCCUGAUCGGGCAGCUGGACGAGGUGAGCCUGGAGAAGAACCCCUGCAUCCGGGAGGCCCGGCGGAGGGCGGUGAUCGCCGUGCAGACCCUCAUCACGCACAUCGACCUGAAGGAGGCGCUGGAGAAGAGGAAGGCCUUCGUGUGCGAGGAGCACCCGUCCCACCGGGCCGUCUGGGCCAUCCUGGGCCACCUGUCGGAGAUCCUGGGAGAAGUCCUGUUGUUCGACGGGAACCGGACUGACAAGAACUACAUCCGGCUGGAGGAGCUGCUCACCAAGCAGCUGCUGGCCCUGGACGCGGUGGACCCGCAGGGCGAGGAGCAGUGCAAGGCGGCCCGGAAGCAGGCGGUGAAGCUGGCCCAGAACAUCCUCAGCUUCCUGGACCUGAAGUCGGACGAGUGGGAGUACUGAGGCCGGGCGCACGCCCGUUCAGCACUUACCCGGACGUGUAUGUAUUUACGGAGGCUUUCGGUGCGCUGAGCCUAAAUGUGAUUUGUACGUGCAUAUUGCAAUCUCAGUAUUUAUGAUUUCAGCAAAUUAUAUUCCGUACCUGCUGCUUUUGAUGUCGCAAAAGAAAUGUCAUUACAGCUCACUGACUUUUCCCCGGGAUCUGAUCCGUACGUUGUGGUGUUAUUUUCUUAAUCAGAAAAUGGCAUUGGGGCAGCUUUUGUCAUGUUUAGCUGCAAAAGCAUGAAAAUGCAGGUGUUUCAGAACCUAGAACUAGGCCUUGCCUGCCUGAGACUAGGACAGCUGUGAGGAAGGGAAGCUUUAGGUUGAUUAGAAGGAAGGGCCGAGCACAGAGGUAGUGAGUGUGUUUUAUUCUGCUAAUAAAGCAGGACUGUCCCAUUCAUGAAGCCUGAUUGGUCCCGCCCAACGUCAUGGGUGGGUUGUUUUUACUUUCUGUGAAUGGUCUGUUCUUUCAUCAACGUUCGUUUGGAAAACAGGCGUUUCCCAGGCUCGCUGCAUGCAGAGGGGGUCUGACCUUUGUGUGUGACGUAAGAAAAUUAUGAACAUUCGUAGCAAAGAAACCUUUGAAAAAGGGAUGACACCAGCUAAUACUUUCGAGAGGUUUUGUUUGUAAAGUCUGCACUGACAGUUUUCCUUAGUAAUUGUAAGGAUGGGAACAUUUCAAUGGACCUUUAAAAAGAUAAAAGGGAAACGAAACGCCCAGACCUGUGCAGGAUGAGGACUGGAGGCUAGUGCCACGGCAGGUUUCUGGACCUACGUGACCGUGUCUGGUGGGCUGCUCGCAGGCCCAGGGCUGCCUCACAGAGGUGGGCAGGCACUCGCAGCCGGCCGAGGAAGGUCGCCGUCAGCCACUAGCAUCGCCCCGAUCGCACUCGGCGGCCGGGCAGUGAGAGGGCCUCUCGCUCCCGUGACCAGCGCGUGGACGUUUCUAGUGCCUGAAGGAGCCAGCCGGGCCCAGGUCUGUGAGUGUGGGAAGUGCUGUUCCCUCUGCUGACAGGGGCGCGUGUCUUGCCCAUCAGGAAGCAAAAGACUCAGUUCCCGAAGCUCUGAAGCGCCUUGAUGGCGUGUUGGUCCGAGCGUGAUGACCUAGUGCUCCGGUGUCACCUCUCACAAGUGGCACUCGAUGUAAACGGGGGAGCCUGGGCCGGUGCGGGAACGGCCCUGGACGCCCAGGGAGGGCGGAGCCUGGGCAGGCCUGGCUGCGCAGUGUUGCCCGAUCAUUAAAGCCCCUGCUAGCUCCUCCUGCAGUGGACUUCCGAUAGUGGGGUCAGAGAGCAGUCGGGUGCCAGGCUGUGAGCCCGCCCACCUGCCCCCCAGCGGCUGGGGGCUGUCCCAGUGCAGGUUGUUGGAGCCCGUGUUGGCCAGUCCUUUUAGGGUGCUGUUCUGGGUCAUAGUUUUAGGGUGCCCUCCAGCACUGGUGGGAGCACCGGGGCAGCGGGCCUCCCUGACUCACCCUGACACCCGCAGCAGCUGCGCUUGGUGUUCAGGUUGUUUGCCAGCAGCGCUGCCCGCGGCUGUGUCCACGCUUCCUGUGGGGGUGGAGCCGGCCCUGCCGAGCUCCGGGCUGUGUGGCCAGACUGCUGCUCGGCCGGCACUGGGGAUCGCUCACCGCUCACGGGGCCACUGUGGUCAUGGAAACAGUCGGACCAACCCUGAGCGAUGGGUGAGGCGCGCCUGCCUGUGUCCCUUUACCCGCUCAUUCUGCCCGCACUGAGCCCGCCACGAGGGUCGGCGUCCCCUGCCCCCCAGGGAGUCUGUGUAAUCGUUCAGUGCAGUUCCUCCCGUGGCAUGUGCUUCUAUGAUGUGACAUGAGAAUCUGUGAUGGACGUAACGCCCACCCCCCAGCGUCUGGCCUUGGUCUGCGUUCCGUGUAACCUCUGUUCAUGCGAAGCCAGCGGGUGUCUGCUUUCCGGCUGCCUCCGUCCGCCAGGGACACAGGCAGCCUGAGUGGUUACGGAAAUAAAGGAAUGAACAUGUCAACCACGUACAGUUUACCGCUGUUUUCCUCAAGCCCUUGGUGAGACAUACUUAACGCAAUUUAGCGUGUUUGAGAAUUCAAACAGUUUUUCUCAUUUGUUUUAUUUUGCCAAUUCCCAUCUGGUUUUUGAGGGUCUAAGUUUAUCCUGUGCAGUUAUUUGAAGCACAGCUUUUCAGCUUUCCGUCUGGCACUUUAAUCAUUGGAGCCACACCUGCCAUUGGCUUGCUGUCUGAUAAGGUGUGUAUUCCAGUGUGUGGGUCCUGCCCGUUAGGCGUACAACUAUUGUAAUGGCAUGUCUUAAACUUUGGGGUUAUUUUGAGACACAUAUUAGCAUAACCUUAAUUAUUAAUGAAAUAAAAAGCCUCUUAGUUAUCUUUGCAGUGGA